AACUUCACUCCAUAACUCCAUAACUCCAUAACUCCAUAACUUCAUCUCAUAUAGUUAUUUAUUCAACAAUUCUUGAUUAAUUACUUUCUCUUCCUUUUAAUUUCAACCGACAACAACAAUUCUCGAUUACUUGGUUAUCAUAAUUAAAUUUAGUAGAAAAUGAUGAAAGUAGUGUUGAAGGUGAAUUUAUAUGACGAAAGAAUCAAGCAAAAAGCUAUGAGGACUGUAUCUGGCCUUUCAGGGGUUGAGUCGAUUUCUGUGGACAUGAAAGACAAGAAAUUAACCUUAAUUGGAGACAUUGAUCCACUACAUGUAGUGAACAAACUAAGGAAGUGGUGUAAUACUGAAAUAGUUUUUGUUGGUCCAGCAAAAGAGGAGAAGAAGAAGGAAGAAUCUAAAGUAGAUGUUAAAAAGGAUCAAAUUAAAAUAAUUGAAGCUUAUCCUCAUUAUUAUCAUAUGCAACAAGCACAAUACACUCAAUAUUCUAUUGCAAGAGAUGAGCAAGAUCCUAUUGGUUGUGUCAUCUGUUGAAUUUCAUAACAUCUACCAUAAAGUGUGGCAUAAAGAGAGAGAGAAAUGUUGUCAUUUCUUUUUAUUUAAUUUUUUUUCCUCAUGAUUUAUAUUUUCUUUUGUUUACAAUGAGGUUGUAACAUGUUGGAAAAAAUGGAAGUUUGUGCAAAAAGAGCAAGGUAUUCAUUGUUUUAUUUUAGUAUGGACAAGUAAGAUAUUUUUACGAUCAUUGAUUUAAUAAUUAAACAAGUAGACCGUUGAGAUGA